AUGCCUGCGCAGCGACCCCGCGCGGCUUUUGAGCCACUUUCUCCGGACUUGGACAUCAAAACACUUGUGGAGUCGACCCCAAAUUUCGAGUAUGCUGCUAGAAUUCAUUGCGAUGCGAUCAAUGAAAAUGGGCUGGAAAUCUUCGAGAAGCUUGUGUUGCUCCAUGUGGUCCGGGGUGGAAAGCCUUUAGUUGUCGAAGGCUUCGAUCGCUGGCUGGAUAGCUCGGUCUUCUCAGAGAAGUGGCUAAGGAACCACUAUUCAGCGAAGACGGAAAUUGCUCGGAAUUUAACCACCAAGACUGAUCUGCCACUUACCAUUGGGCAUUACUUGAAAAACAUGCCGCUCCUUACCAAUCAGUGGAAUGAAUACAACUACAAGGACCUGGAUCGCCAGAGAAUCUAUUUGAAGGACAUUGACUGCCCUUCCAAAUGGUAUGACCAGUUGAAGAAAAUCAUACCCCCUGGAUUAUUUUACUUGAACACGUCUCCGCAAGCGUUUGAAGGCCCCGGGGCGACGACAACUCCAGCUCAUGGCAGACACGACAUGUACUCGGGUUCCGACAACUUGAUAGCCAGGCCAGGCGACCUCAUGAGCUGUCUUCCACCUGAAAUGCGUGCCGAGAACCUGAUGUGUUACAUUGGUCACGAAGGUACUUACACACCAGCCCACCAAGAGAUGUGUGCCAGUCUGGGUCAGAAUAUAAUGGUGGAGGCAUCAGAUGGGUCCAUCGAACACGGUAAAGAAACGAAGCCAGGAUCAUCUGUUUGGUUCAUGACUGAGAGCAAAGACCGCAAAGCCGUUUCUGAAUAUUGGAUGUCUAUGCUUGGGCAUGAUAUCGAUAUCGAGGAUCAUUUCGCUCAGAUCAAUGCCUGGAAGGCAGCACCAUUCAAGACUUAUGUUGUUGAACAGAAACCAGGCGAUUUUAUCCUUGUACCUCCUUUAGCAGCACACCAAGUAUGGAAUCGAGGGACAAGGACAAUGAAAGUGGCCUGGAAUCGGACUACCCCGGAGACCCUAGAGAAGGCGCUCGAAGUGGCCCUUCCGGAUGCGAGAAUGGUUUGCCGCGAUGAGCAGUAUAAGAACAAAGCUAUAGUGUUCUAUUCGUUGGACCAUUAUUCGGCUCUCCUUAGCAAGGCGGGCGCAGCUAAUAGUGGAUAUCUGUCAAUCCAGCAGAUACAAAAGGACUUUGAACAUCUUUUUGGUCUAUUUACUGACAUCAUUUUGUCAGAGAGCUUUUCUGACAAGCUUCCUGAGGGAGAUGUCGAAUAUGUUCCCUUUGACAGUAAUAUCACAUGUUCAUACUGCCGGGGAAACAUUUUCAACAGAUUUCUAACCUGCGCGUCUUGUGUGGGCCCAUCAGCCACGGACGAGGAGGACACUUAUGAUGUUUGCAUGGAGUGCUAUGCCAUGGGUAGGAGCUGCGCUUGCAUAUCCAAACUAAAAUGGGUUGAGCAAUUCCAUUGGUAUGAUCUUCAAGACAAAUAUGAAACAUGGAGGAAACAGAUACUCGAGUUCAGGCCUCAUGCCAAAGACACUUAUGACAGUCUACCCGCGCAGAGAAGCCGGUUGGCAAAGAGAACGCUUGCGGAGACUUGCCAAUUAGAACUCAAGAGGCGGCCGUGGGUUGACAUAAGUAAGCCGACAAUACAAUCAGACCGCCUGGAGGAAUUAGAGAGUGAUUCGGAACGAGUCGGCCGCGCUAAGAAACGAAGAAAGCCUCGCCGAAAGGACUCAUACCAACAGACUGGGAGAUGUCAUAUAUGCAGAUAUUUCGAGCCAAUGUGGAAGCUCGCUUCUUGUUCUUGUUGCCGAACAAACUACUGCUACGGCAGCUUGUUUAGGGCCUUUAACAUAAAGCCGCAGGAAACCAUGGAGAUGUAUGAGUGGACAUGCCCAAAAUGCCGCAAGAUCUGCAGUUGUGCUGCCUGUCGGCGCGACCCAACAAUGAGUCCAUCCCAGCCACCAUGCACAUUGUUGGGUCAUGAUACAAGAAAGAUAGCAGACCCUCGCAGCGUGGAGAGUCUGGUGGACUUCCGACAAUCCAAUCUUCGAUGGAUAAAGAAGGCUGGCGAUGAUGAGAUUGUUCGACUGAAGAAGCACCAAAAGGAAGCUGACGAAAAGCGUAACCAGUCAUUGGUUGAGCAUAGCAUUCAGCUUGAGGAAGCCCCUUCCGUAAUGGGGUAUGCUUCAAACUAUGGAGAUAUACCGGUGGAUCCGGCCCUCGAAAGGCUUGAUGGCUCGUUCCUGAGUCUUCCCGACCCUGAGUGA